GCCAGAUGCCUAGAUCAAGCCUCAACAUAAACAGUGGAAGAAACUUUGAAAAAAAUCAAAAACAUGGAGCAUAAAAAACACAGAGUGCAGCAUGGGGCAGAGAAGGCUGCUGAAUGGAAAGAUGAGAGUUGCAUUAAAGGAAAAUGCUUGGAUGACAAGAAGAGAUGGAAUAGUGCCGGGUUAUGUGAGCUGGACCUAAAUAUAACGAUGGAGGUUGGAUUAAUUGGGAACAUGGAUGUAAAGAAGGAGAUACAAGAUGAAAAUAAACCAGCUCAAUUUAAAACCGUAGGACAUGAUACAAAGGGACAAAGUAGAAUAAUAGAUGGUCCAAAGAUGCAGUCUUGUACAAAGAUACCUUGUGAAGAAACUACUAAGAAAGAGAUCGUAGGUCAGCUGGAUGUCAAUGACUACCUAGUCCUUCUAAAAUCACUACGCAUCAGUUUACCCAAAGGUGUUCUGAACCCUAAAGUCAUCGAACUCUCACAUACUGCAGACAUGAUUCAGAAAGCCAAGGAUAUUGUGAAAGAUCUGGAAAACUUCAAAUUCAAGUUUAACAGCAUUCCACGUCUCGGCUGCCGGGAAGUUAAGAGCUCACUGGCACUGAAAAAAAAUGGGAAAGUUCUUGAAACAGCAAUAAUGAUUUUCUUUGAAAAAAUAAAAGAUUCAGAGGAAACCCAGGAAACCCUUAAAGCAAAGUGGAGGGAGAAUGCAUCAAACACGACCUGCAGAUUUAGAUUCAGAGACAAAUACAAGAGAGUUGCCAUCUCCGCACCUGCUAUGUACGCCACAAGAGAAACAAGGAGCUGGAAACAUUUGGAAGUUGGGGAAAAUCUUGCACAUGUCUGUGAGGGUACUGCAGUAAGAGUGCGCGAUAUUGAGAAUAGACAGUACUGUGAUGAGUCAACUCUUGAGAAAUACCCCCCUUGUCCUGAAAAAUUUGGCAUGUACUUCCAGAACCCAGCAGAUGAACUUGAAUGCCUUAAAUUUUUCCAUGAGUUGGGUGAAAUAGGCGAAAACAAGAGAAUGAGCUAUACCAAAAAUAAUAAAGUGGAUUUUGGAUUUCUAAGUGGAAGACUAGACUUCUUAGCGGAGGUAACAGACUCAAGAGCUAAUUGCAAAGCAAAAGAGAAAUUUGUGAUUGAAUGUAAAGGAACCACUGGGGAUAUGGUAGGAAAACUCUUCACCAAACCAAAAAAUGGUGGCCGUCAUGCGCUGCUGAAAAAAAAGCAUGAGUGCUACUAUCAGGUUCAGGCCUACAUGUACAUAUUAAAUAGGUCAGCAAAACAAACACAAACCUUCACCUCAGAUAGGGCUGUCAUGGUGAUCAGACACUAUCACGAGAAUGGACAAGUACCCAGAGAUUUCUACUGGAAUUAUAUGGAGAAGGAUGCAGAAGUGCAGCAGCAGAUAGAUGAACUCUGUGCUUUCUGUAAAGAAGACGUUCUGGCCUGUUUCCUGGCUGUUCUUAAUCUGAUAUUCCAGCUGGAUGAGUAACAAGAGAAUAAACCUAUAGUGCGAUUUCCUAGACAGGGAUUUGACUAAAAUAAAUGUAAGAGCUGUUUUAAAAUACAUCAGUUCCCUUUGUGUUGCCUCGAAAUGUACACAAGUUACAGAUCCUACCUUAGAUCCUCACGUGCAGAAUGUUUUUAUUGUUGUGUUUUUUAGUUUAUUCCUAAUCGUUUAUUUACAUGAUCAUCAUAAUCAUUUUAUAAUCAUUAGUUAUCCAUAUAAUUGUUUAUUUGAUUAUUCAAUAUUAUUUUUUAUUAUUAUCCAUUUCAUUAUUACAAUUUUUAUCAUUAUAUUUUCAUUUAUUCAUCAUUAUAUUUCUAUAUUUUAUUAUUCAUUAAUUCAUUAUAUUUCUAUGUUUCAUCAUAUGUAAACAGAGAUAGAUAAAGAGAAUGUUUAUGGAAGCUCAAGGUUUGUGGAAUGUUGCUAUUAAACCUUUUGGUAUAACAGUGCAUGUUGAAUUCAUGCUUGGGGGACAUGGGUUGAACAUUGAGACAUAUGCAA